AUGGAUACCAUGAUCUACACCCCGACCAACGCCGCCGAAGCGAAGCAGUUCACCGGACCGGGCAGUCUCUCGUAUGGCAACGUGCCACCGUCGCAACUGACACCACCCUCCGAGAACGGCUCGCAAACGCAGAAGCCAGGCGCACCAAAUGGACAGCAGCAGCAACAAGGUGUGGUCACACCUGCCGCGACUCCUGCGACAGCUCAGGCGAAUACCGGUGUGAGUGGUAUUGUGCCAACACUGCAGAACAUUGUCGCAACUGUCAACCUCGACUGCCGCUUGGACCUCAAGACCAUUGCACUGCACGCACGUAACGCCGAGUACAACCCAAAGCGUUUCGCCGCUGUCAUCAUGCGCAUUCGCGAGCCCAAGACCACUGCUCUGAUCUUCGCAUCCGGCAAGAUGGUCGUCACUGGUGCAAAGUCGGAAGAUGAUUCGAAGCUGGCUAGCCGCAAGUAUGCGCGCAUCAUCCAAAAGCUCGGUUUCAACGCCAAGUUCACCGACUUCAAGAUUCAGAACAUCGUCGGCUCUUGCGACAUCAAGUUCCCCAUCCGACUGGAGGGUCUUGCAAGCCGCCAUCACAUGUUCUCAUCUUACGAGCCUGAGCUCUUCCCAGGUCUCAUCUACCGCAUGAUGAAGCCCAAGAUUGUGCUCCUCAUCUUCGUGUCGGGCAAGAUCGUCCUCACCGGUGCCAAGGUCCGAGAGGAGAUCUACCAAGCCUUUGAGCUCAUAUACCCUGUUCUCUCCGACUUCCGCAAGACCUAA